AGAGUUUUCAGUGGCCAUUGGCGCCUCAUUGGGGGCCGAGCGAUGGCUGAAGCAGCUGGAAUCGUCAUCACUGCCUCGGAGUUGCGGCGCAUCAGGGACGCCAUAGGUGGUGUGGCCGAUGCGCCAGAUGCUGCACCGACAAAGACGCGUGCACAAUUGCUCCACGAGAAGUCCCAGGCUCGUGCCAAGACCUGGAGCAAUACUCUCGAAGGGAGCCGAAGGAAGAAAGCCGAAGAGAAGAGGAAAAAAUUAGAGUUGGAAGAGCUUGAGCGGCAGAAGGUUGAUGCGGAAGAGGCCAAGAUCCAACUGGACCAACGGCGAGAAACCAUCGACCGUGCCAACAAGCUGCUCUACGAAGAGUCAGAUCGCAUGAAGUCCUUCCACAGCAAAAUGAUGCUUUGUGACGUCAUCGCCGAACGAGAGGCGCAGAUGUCUUUGAGGGGAGAGCUCAAGAAGCUAGAACAGAUCAGGGAAGACCGCUUCUUGGAGAUGGAAAAACAGAAUUAUAGAAAGAUGCUUGAGCGAGAAAUGAAGGAGAAGGAAACAAAGGAGGAGCUUUCCAAGAUUGCAGCAAGGGCUCAAAAGGAGCAGUUAGCCGAGUACAAGGAGAAGCGUUUCCAGGAGGUGGAAGACGCUAUGCUCGAGGGAGAGCUGCUGAGGCGGAAAGCCAUUGAGGAUUUGGAGGCUGAGAGAGGAGCAGAGAGGAAGCGGCGCGACAUGGCGGUCAAGGCACAAAAGGAGACACAAAAAGCCAACGAGUACUUGAAGCAGAUCAAGGCAGAGGACAUGCUGCGGCAGCAGCAAGAAGAGCAGAAGAUUCAGGACUACGCCAACCGAAAGGAGAAGAUGUUGCAGCUGCGCAAGCAGAAAGAGGAGGAAGUCUUCCAGUCCAAGCAGGCAGCCCGGAAUGCGAUGAUCGACGCGCAGGCGAAGCGCUUGGCUGAGAUGCAGAAUAAUGAGGAAGCGCGAGUAGAAGGAGAGGUGAAGAAGAAAGAGGAAAACGAUGAAAGGAAGCGCUUAGAGAAGUUGGAGAUGAUGCAGAGGUGGGAGGAGGAUAUUCAGAAGAGUCGUCAGGCUCAGAUACAGCGCAAGCAGAAUGCUCGUGCCAAAGAGAAGGCCGAAGAUGCAGAGACAGCCAAGUUCCUGGCGGAGUGGUGCAAAGUCUUGGAUAAGCAGGAGCAGGAAGAAAAUCGCCUUAAAGAUGAGGCAGCAAAGAAGCUCGCAGAGGAGCACAUGAAGCAGGUUGAGCUCCACAGAAGAAAGAAGAAUGAGGACAAAGAUGGUGACAAGACAGUGGCCUCGCAUGCUAAGAAAGUGAUUGAGGCAGACACCUUGGAGUUUCACGCUUACGCUGAGAAAGUCAUCCGGGACUACUCCGCGGAGGGAAAGAAUGUCAUCCCUCUUAUCAAGGAGCUUCGAGACUUCCGCAAGAGGGUGGCAGAGUGAGCAGUGGACAUCCACUGCCAGCGUGGAUUGUGAGCCAACCGUGGCCACAUUCUGCCACAUUUGGAAAGGAACAACAACUUGUUAGUGUCGAUGUGGGAAUGUCUGUAGGAUUUGUUGUAGGAUUUGAGUUUGGCACUUGUUACUACUAGCUUCUUGUUACUACUAGUAA